GCGCGCGUGCCCCGCGGGCAGGCGGGUGCGAAGUGGCGGCGGCGGCGCCGCGCUCCGUCAAAAGCAGCGACGAAACAUCAGCCGCUGCCAGACAUGGAUGAAGGAAUCUCCCGUCUGCCGGAGAGGCAGCUACUGGAGCACAGGGAUUUUAUAGGGCUGGACUACCCUUCCCUGUAUAUGUGCAAACCCAAAAGAGGCGUGAAGAGGGACGAGAGCAAGGAAACGUACAAACUGCCGCACAGGCUGAUAGAGAAGAAGAGGCGAGACAGGAUUAACGAGUGCAUCGCCCAGCUGAAGGAUUUGCUGCCCGAGCAUCUGAAGUUGACGACGCUGGGACACCUGGAGAAAGCGGUGGUGCUGGAACUGACUUUGAAACACUUGAAAGCGCUGACCGCCUUAACGGAGCAGCAGCACCAGAAGAUCAUCGCUUUGCAGAACGGGGAGCGGUCCAUGAAGUCCCCCGUGCAGGCCGACCUGGACGCCUUCCACUCGGGCUUUCAGACGUGCGCCAAGGAAGUGCUGCAGUACCUCUCCCGCUUCGAGAGCUGGACCCCACGCGAGCAGCGAUGCGCCCAGCUCCUCGGCCACCUGCACUCCAUCUCCUCGCAGUUCCUCCCCGGCCCCCAGCUCCUCUCCCCGCCGCCGGGCCCCCUCAGCAAGGGAUCCUCCUCCUCUUCCUCCCCGCCUGCCCCCCCCUGUGCGCCGGGCCACAAGCCGGAGGGCCAGGCUAACUGCGUGCCCGUCAUCCAGCGGACUCACGCCGCCGAGCUCAGCGCCGAGACCGACACGGACACGGACAGCGGCUACGGCGGGGAGGGCGAGGCGCGAUCCGAGCGCGGCCCCACGGCGGCCCCGGCCCCGGCGCUGCCCGCCCUGGCCAUCAAGCAGGAGCCGUCGGGAGACGACGCGCCCCCCGCGCCCAAACGGCUGAAGCUGGACCGCGGCGGCAGCCCCCUGCCCGCCCCGCCGGGGCUGCCGGUGCGGGGCGCCGAGGCGGCGGCGGCGGCGGCGGCGGCGCUGGUGAGACCCGACGCCGCCCUGCUGGGCUCGCUGAUGGCCCUGGGGGCGGGCGGCGGCGGGGCCCCCUUCGGACAGCCGCCGGCGGCCGCCCCUUUCUGCCUGCCCUUCUACUUCAUCUCCCCCUCCGCCGCCGCCGCCUACAUGCAGCCCUUCCUGGAUAAAGGCAGCCUGGAGAAGUACCUCUACCCCGCCGCCCCCAUCCCGCUCCUCUACCCGGGCAUCCCGGCCCAGGCGGCCGCCGCCGCCGCCGCCGCCGCCGCCUCCUUCCCCUGCCUCUCCUCCGUGCUCGGCCCCGCCGAGAAGGCGGCCGCCGCCGCCGCCGCCGGGCUGCCCCCGGCGCCCCACCUCCCGCACCCCUUCGCUGCCGCCGCCGAGCCCGGCGAGGAGGCCGAAACCGCAGCCGCCGAGGAGCCCGGUGCCGAGGGCCCGUGAGCCGCCGGCCGGCCGGGAGCCCCCCCCGCGGGUUCCCCGCUGCGGGGCGGGGAAGGGCCGUCGGGGCCGGCACCUGCGCCCCCGUUUUCCUACGGAGGGCAGGGCGGCGGCUGCAAGGGGGGCGCCGGGACCGGGACACCGGGGUCGGGGCCGGGGCGGGGCCCGGUCCCGGGGAGCCCCGCGCCCCGCUGCCGAGGCGGCUGGUCCCGACGCUGCCCCCCGCAGAGGACCGUCAAGGAUAAAAUUUGCUACUCAGUAUUUUUUUAAUGUUUGGCUUUAUAAAUGCAUAAAUAUGUUAAGGAAAAAGAAAAAAAAAAAAAGGAAGAAAAAAUAGUAAGGAUACUUUUUUUUUUUUUUUUCUUCUCUAUAAGGUAACUUAAAUGUUGCACCUUAUUUGGAAUGGGUUUCUAUAGCGUCCCUAAGCCCCACUUAGGAACUUGCACUUGUUGGCCAGGAGACCCGGGGGGGGUUCAGGGUGCGGGCGGGGGGCAAGGCGGGGAAGGGGGGCACACCCCGGCACCUGUGCUAGCACUUUACUGAGAACCCGAGCGUGGAGGGAUGCACCCUGUGCCCAAACCUGCAGUGCCUUGAGCACCUGGGGAUGCCGCUGGCUCCAGUGAGUUUUGGGUGUGCAAGGGAAGGAGGGUCAGACCCAUUAUGUAAUACUGUGUUUAAUUUUUUUUUUUUUUUUUUUGGCUAAGGUAUACAGAUGUGGCAAGUGCAUUUGUUCUCACCCUGUCUUUAUUUAAUUCUGUAUGUUCCCGAGAGAUUUUUUUCCCCAAACCUUGCUGUAUAAAAUGAAUGUUUCUGCACUGAACUAUGAGAAGAAACCCCUCCCCUCUCUCCCCCAAGAAAACACAGAGCAACUGGUCAGCCUGAACCCAUUUUAUCCUCAGUCCCGAAUGACACAAACCGGAGGCCGUAGGUAAACACCUCGCUGUGCGAUCAGAAACGAUUAGACCGGUCGGGGUAAGUUUCCCAUACGGGUUCUCCCCUCAUCCCAUGCUCAAAUAGUGCGAUUUCCCUUUCUGGAGACAAACCAGACGCCAGAUAAUCACACAGAUAAAGCUUUUCUAAUAAGGCUUAAACCAAGACCUUGCCUAGAUAUUUUUAGUUUGUUGCCAAGGUAGCACUGUGAGAAAUCUCACUUGAAUGUUAUGUAAGAGGUGAGACACAACAGCCUGGUGAGGAGCAAGUGAGCGAGCGAGUACCUAUCCGGGGUCUGUCAGUCCGUUCGGUGCAUCUGCUGCUGCUGUUGCUACUGUUUGCCUCAAACGCUGUGUUUAAACAACGUUAAAAAAAAAAAAAAAACACAACAAAAAAAAACAACAAAAAAAUCUUACUAGCCUACAAAGUGGCUGUAUGUAAAUAGUUGUUAAUACAUCCAAUUAAUGAUGUCUGACAUGCUAUUUUUGUAGGGAGAAAAUAUGUGUUAAUGAUAUUUUGAGUUAAAUAUCUUUUGGGAGGAUUUGCUGAAAAAGUUGCACUUUUGUUACGAUGCUUAUGCUUGAUACAAGCUUAUGCUGUCUUAAAUUAUUAAAAAAAAAUAAAUCCUGUCUGCAAGAAACCAGCUGUUUUAGAACAGUUUAGUAUGUGAUAUAUUAGAAAUCGAUCUUUAUAUUCAGUAUUUUCCAGCACUCCAUGAAUUCUAUUAUCUAAAUAUUUCCACACUAUUUUGUGAUUAAAAAAAUUCUUACUAAGGAAUAAAAACUUUAAUACGCAAA